AUAAUGGACAUCACGAUAACGCUGAUUUCUGGCAACGACGAGGAGACGACGGUGUUUGCAGAGGCCUACUGUGGCGAUCUUUCACUGGUUUUUCGAUUCGAUCUCGACAUUUCUCAGCCGCUCAGCACCAGCAGUCGCAUCGUAGCCUGCUUUCACGACAUCCAAGUUGACGACGACAAGCAGACGUUUCCCGACAGAGGAUCCAUGCGCCAAGCGGUGCACGAUUCAAUCGCAAACGUUUGGCCUAUUUGCGCUUCAAAUCCCUUAAUUCGCCUUCCGGAUGUUGUUGUACAAAUUCAGCAAGAUGAUGGCAGUGAAACGACUUGCAGAAUCUCUCACGAGAGUGUCUUUCGCGACUAUCUAGCAAGUCUUUUACCUGCCACUUCUUUCAAAGAUACUCUCAUCCGAGCAGCUCACAUUGCCGAACCGCACUAUAUUCCACUCGAGUCUCUUCAAUUUUCCGAUAUGUUAGGGGGACGUGGGGGGACGACGGUCACUCGGUUCCGAGACCAGAAAGAUGGCGGAUUAUACGUUUACAAAGGACUCAGCUUCCGCUUAUUCCUGGAGGGCGAGGCGGACUAUAAAUCCGAGCGAGAUACGUUCUAUCGCGAACUCGAGGUCAUCUACUCUCUACCCCGUCAUCCGAAUAUCCUGCUCCCUCCGUCCUCACUAGUUACCACUGGGUCGCCUCAAUCUGCAAGUCACGAUGUUACAGAGAAAGACCACGUCAUAUGCGGAGCGUUGUAUCCGUUUCUCCAACGCCAAUCCUUGCAAGAGAUAAUCAGCCAAAGUAAUGAGAAUCGCACAAGACUCCCGCUAGUAGCAAAGGCGAAAUGGGCGUGCCAAAUUUCAUCUGCGAUGGCCAUGGUGCAUUCGUCAGGGCAGUACCAUAUGGAUUUGAAGCCAAGCAAUAUGCUUCUCAACAACGAUGAUGAUGUGGUUGUGAUUGACUGGGAGCAAUCAGGCGCGUCUCCGUUUUUCCUUGCCCCAGAAGCAAACGGCAUGUGGGACGUGGAGAUGGCCGCAAACAAGGAAACGGAUGCGGUGAGGGAUACAAAGCCUGGGAAAGCGAAUAUGGUCUAUCGAAAGUUCACAGGUCAGCUACCUGAUGAUUGCGGGACUUGGCCAAGGCGGAAUGUGUUCCAGCUGUGGCAGCGCGAAUGCCCAAGGGCACUGGAGGCCGCAGAGGUCUACAGUGUAGGACGGAGUUUGUGGGCCAUCUUUGAGCAGAGCGAGGAUACAUGGGAUUAUGACAGGGGACAGUGGGAGGCAAAGGCGAUAGAAUGGACUCAUGGGAGUCAAGGCAUACCGGAAGUAUGGAAAGAUUUUGUGUCCCGAUGCAUGAGCGUAGAUCCAAAUCAGCGG